GGGAGCGGGCAAGUAGGAGGGGGCGCCCGCUUAUAUAUAGCGGCUCGGCCUCUGCCGGCCCAGGGCGCAAGCAGGCGCGCACGCCCCGCGGGUCCAGGCACCCGGCUUCCGCCGCGUCCUCUGCCGCUGCCUGCUGACCUCCUCCCCAUGCAGCCCGGGUAGCGUCCGGCGCCCAGGGGCCGCGUUGCUCGCCUCUUGCUUUCCCUCGGUUGCGAACCCGGGCCGUGCGCUCCCGCGGGCCGCCGCAGGCGCAGCUCGGCCUCCGGCUUCCCGGGCGCACUGACCGCCUGACGGACGCGCGGCCCUCGGGCCGGGAUGUCGGGGCCCGGGACGGCCGCGGCGGCGCUGCUCCCGGCUGUCUUUCUGGCACUGUUGGCGCCCUGGGCUGGCCGAGGGGGCGCCGCCGCGCCCACCGCACCCAACGGCACGCUGGAGGCAGAGCUCGAGCGCCGCUGGGAGAGCCUGGUGGCGCGCUCACUGGCCCGUUUGCCGGUGGCAGCGCAGCCCAAGGAGGCGGCCGUCCAGAGCGGCGCCGGAGACUACCUGCUGGGCAUCAAGCGGCUUCGGCGUCUGUACUGCAACGUCGGCAUCGGCUUCCACCUCCAGGUCCUCUCCGACGGCCGCAUCGGCGGCGUGCACGCCGACACCAGCGACAGCCUGCUGGAGCUCUCCCCGGUGGAGCGCGGUGUGGUCAGCAUCUGCGGUGUAGCCAGCCGGCUCUUCGUGGCCAUGAGUAGCAGGGGCAAGCUCUAUGGCUCGCCUUUCUUCACUGAUGAGUGCAAGUUCAAGGAGAUACUCCUUCCUAACAACUACAACGCUUAUGAGUCCCACAAGUACCCUGGCAUGUUCAUCGCCCUGAGCAAGAAUGGGAAGACCAAGAAGGGUAACCGAGUGUCACCCACCAUGAAGGUCACCCACUUCCUGCCCCGGCUGUAACCUUCCAGACGACCCCAGCCUCAGCCUCAGGAAACCCCUGGGAGGGGAGCGCCCAGGGUCACCUUGGUACACUUUCUUCAGAUGGAGAGUUGAAUGCAACAGUAGGUGUAAGAUAUUUAAAUUAAUUAUUUAAAUGUGUAUAUAUUGCCACCAAAUUAUUUAUGGUUCUGUGGGUGUGUUUUGUAUUUUACUGGAAAAAAAAAGACAAACAACUCUGACUUUUCUGGUGCAAUGGUGGGAGAAUCUUACCAUUGGAUUUAUUUAA